GGCCGGGCGACGACGCCGUCGAGUACUCGAAGUGCGGGCGCACCGACCGCGGCGUCUCGGCGUUCGGCCAGGUGGUCGGCGUGCGCGUACGGAGCAACCGGCCGCUGCCUGCGAGCAUGGACAUCGACGGGCAGGAGGAGGGAGAACCAGCGCCGUUCGACGACAUCGCGGACGAGAUGCCGUACACCGCGAUCCUGAAUCGGCUGCUCCCACCGACGAUCCGGAUACUCGCGUGGGCGCCCAACCCGCCCGCAGGGUUCUCGGCGCGCUUCAACUGCCGCGCGCGACACUACCGCUACUUCUUCACGAACCCGAUGCUAUCACCGACGAACCCCGGCGGCGCGCUCGACAUCGCCGCGAUGCAGACGGCUGCACAGUACUUCCUCGGCAGCCGCGACUUCCGCAACUUCUGCAAGCUCGACCCGGCGAAGCAGAUCGACAACUUCUCGCGCGACAUCCUCGAGGCGUCGAUCGAGGAGCUGCCAUCGUCGAGCGGCGAUGUCACAUCCGCGAAAACGUACUACUUCAACCUCAAGGGCACCGCGUUCCUGUGGCACCAGGUGCGGCACAUGAUGGCGGUUCUGUUCCUGGUGGGCCAAGGGCUCGAGAAGCCCGAGAUCGUGCGCGACAUGCUGGACAUCGCCCGCUUCCCGACGAAGCCCAUGUACGAGAUGGCCGAGGACCGGCCGCUCGUCCUGUGGGACUGCGUUUUCCCCAACGACGACUUGAGGUGGCUCGUCGCUGAUGAUGGCGAUCUGAGAGGCGCUCUCGCGGAUACGACAUGGAUGGGCUGGCAUGAGAAGAAGAUUGAUGAGGUCCUCGCUGGGCAGCUCGUUGGCCUCGUGCGCAGGCAGCGGGAGGAGAGUGAGAUGUCGCCUGUGCUCCAGAGGAAGAAGAGGAAGGCCGCGAAGCCGGGACAUGUACUUGUCUUGGGCAGUGGAGAGGCUGUCCUCAGGGGGAAGUAUGUGCCCAUGAAGGAUAGGAAGAAGAUGAGGCCUGUGGCGGAGAUAAAUAAGAGCUUUAUUGAGAGGAAGGGCGAUUGGAGGGAGAGGAGGGAGCUGAAGAGGAAGAAAGACGAGGAGGAGGAGGAGGAGGCGAGUGAGUAAAAGUGCUUUCUGGCGUUUCGGGCCAGGAGGGAAUUAGAGCAGUGCACAUAGAGGUUCACUCGAUGUAGAUGCUGAAUAUGGGUUGCACACAUUCACAGCAGGUCGGGUUUGAGGUCGCCAUUCGGUAGGCUAGACAGGCGGUAUACGGCAAUAGAUUGAUAUUCUCUCUCACACACUCA